GUGCUGCGGGGUUGGCAGAGAUGCUGCGAGUGCGGUGCCUGCGCGGGGGCAGCCGGGGAGCCGAGGCAGCGCAYUACAUCGGCUCGGGGCUUCGAGUCUUUACAGGAUGGGUGCAGCGAACUUUCCAGAGCACCCAGGCAGCCACGGCCUCCCAGAACACCUGUGCUGCUGAUGACAAGGCUCCAAGCCCUGUGCCCAAGGACUGUCUUGUUUGCUCAUAUAAUGAGUGGGAUCCACUGGAAGAGGUCAUUGUGGGAAGAGCUGAGAAUGCUUGUGUCCCACCUUUUUCUGUGGAGGUUAAGGCAAACACAUAUGAAAAAUAUUGGGGAUUUUACCAGAAAUUCGGAGGCCAGAGUUUCCCCAAAGACCAUUUARAAAAAGCUAUUGCUGAAAUUGAAGAGAUGUGCAAUAUUUUGAAGGGAGAAGGUGUUAUUGUCAAGAGGCCUGAUCCAAUUGACUGGUCUGUGAAGUAUAAWACACCUGAUUUUGAGUCUACAGGUAUGUAUGCUGCCAUGCCAAGAGACAUCCUGUUAGUGGUGGGAAAUGAAAUUAUUGAAGCUCCUAUGGCUUGGCGUGCUCGGUUCUUUGAGUACAGGGCAUAUCGACGACUAAUCAAAGAUUAUUUCAACAGUGGUGCUAAGUGGACAACUGCCCCCAAACCCACAAUGGCAGAUGAGCUCUAUGAUCAGAAUUAUCCAAUCCACUCUGUUGAAGACAGGCAUAAACUGGCUGCUCAGGGAAAAUUUGUAACUACUGAAUUUGAGCCAUGCUUUGAUGCUGCUGACUUCAUUAGAGCUGGAAGAGAUAUCUUUGUACAAAGGAGCCAGGUGACAAACUACAUGGGUAUUGAAUGGAUGAGGCGACACCUUGCACCAGACUAUAGAGUGCACAUAAUAUCCUUUAAGGAUCCCAACCCYAUGCACAUUGAUGCCACUUUUAACAUCAUCGGGCCUGGUCUUGUUCUCUCUAACCCAGACCGGCCCUGCCAUCAGAUUGAGCUCUUCAAGAAAGCCGGCUGGACUGUGAUUCAACCCCCAGUGCCACUCAUCCCAGAUGAUCACCCGCUGUGGAUGUCUUCCAAAUGGCUCUCCAUGAAUGUCCUGAUGCUGGAUGAGAAACGUGUGAUGGUGGAUGCCAAUGAGACCUCCAUUCAGAAGAUGUUUGAAAAGCUGGGCAUUUCUACAAUUAAAGUGAACAUUCGCCAUGCCAAUUCUCUGGGAGGUGGAUUCCACUGCUGGACAUGUGACAUCCGCCGCCGUGGCACCUUGCAGUCUUACUUUGACUAGGAAAUAGGUAGCAAUGGUUCAGCUUCUAAAAUAGGCGUAGGAAAUGUGCAAAUCACUGUCACUUUGGUUAAAAUGACUGCAURAGCUUUAGUGCUUGAUAAGUGGUAUCCUCGUAAUGGUCUGGUAAGUGUUUUAUUCUUAAAUAUCCUUCAMCUUCAGCAGGAUAAUUGAAACUACUUCCAUCAGUAAUACAGGUUUUCUGGCUGCCUUUUUGAAAGACAUCCUUCAUCUACGAAGCCUUUUCACAUUGGCUUUGAAUGUAAAAGCUUGACAAGAUAGCUAAAAGGUCUUGUUAGAAAAGCUUGGCCACUAAUAUUGGAUAUCUACCUCCGUCUARUUACUCUAUCAAAUAGGCAGCUUGAAAUGUGAAACUUGAGUACACUUUUCUUAUUCCUUCUAAUCCCUUUAUUGUUCUAAUAUAGUCAUGUCUAAUGAAGUUGAAAUAGAUGCAACUGUAUAGAUCUCUUAGGGAACCAAGUAAUUUUAUCAUGUUUUUCAUGUCUAGCCAUACAGAUAUUUACAGAGAAUUUUCAGUAUGAUCUAACUUUUAAGACCUGUUCACUUACUUGCCAUGUUCUUCUACAUUUUCUUCUGAUGCAUGUCAUGCACCUGAGUACUUUUUUAUAUUGCUUUUGUAUUGCUGAAAUUGGGUUUUAUUUAACUUUUAAGUGUACAAAUGAUAGCUAAUAUUCUGCUUGUACAGGUUUCACUCUGAGAUGUUUACAWAACUUAAAAAGAGGCACAAAAAACCACUUGACAUCUUACAACCCGGUCUUCCUUCAGCUGUAGCAGAUACAGAAAUAUGUAUCAAACGUGCCAGAUGCCAUGAAGGAAUUUGAGUAUUGAUUCCUGAAUAUGUACUUUUUAUGCUAAUAAAGUGUUUUGCAUUCUCAAUUGGUUGCCCUGCAACUGCUGUUCAUGCUUAACAAGGGCAGGCUGAUGUCUACUCACCUCCACCUAAAGUCAGUCUUGGUUUUAAAUUCAGAAAUUAGGGCCACUGCCUGGUUGUUUGUUGUUUGUUUGUUUGUUUUCUGGGGUUAUGCAGUGCAGGUGGAAAUCUGAGUGUUGGAUCCAUGUGUAUUUCUACCAGGUAAAGAUGUUGCUCCAGCCUACCAGACUGUCUCAGGCACUUCAGUCCUGCUGGGCAGCUGCCCGGUGUGUUCAGCUGUGCUG